UAUGUGACCACCAAGGUAUUAUAACAUUUUAAAUUUAAUAAUGGAGCUUCUGAUCCAAGCAUGGCUCUACGAAAAGAAACUAUUCUUUGGCCUUCCUUAUGUCUCAAGAUUCUUUGUAGAGAACUUCAUGCUCAUGCCUGCUAUCUUUAAUCUUGUAAUAGCCUUUUGAGCACUUUAUUAUUGUAAUGUGGUUCAUAGAACCCUCUAUGAUUUUAUCAAAGCUUAUGGCUCAUACUUCUUGUUAUCUUGUAGUUCUGCACUCUUAUGAAUAAGUAUGGUGGUUCAGACGAAAUUUGCUGUAAAAAUAAAGAAAGAUAAGGGAGAGAGGAAAAUAUACGAAAAACCUUCCUAUUCAGAGUACAUAAUGAAGAAGAACUACGAACACUCAGACUUCUUUUGGUUAAGAUGGAGAUAUACAAGAUCAUUCCUUGCUCUGAUUUCUUUUUUGGUGUUCUUAAUUUUCAACAUUUGGGGUGUUUUUCAUAGAAAUAUUCAAAGUAUGCCGAUUAAAUGGAGAGGAUCAUUUUCAGGAAGACUUAUAGAGUUUCACACUCUUAUUUUAAACCUCUCUACCUUUAUUCUGACUAUUUCUCUCUGCACAAUUAUUCUAAUCAGACUGUCAUCAUUAAUAAUCUUUAUGAAAUUCCCGAAAAUUGCACUGUGUUUAUGUUUUUGCGGAAAGAAAAGGACCUCCAGAAAUUAACAAAUUCAAAGACUUUCAAUAAUUUAA